AGGAAGGAAGAGAGCGACUGCUUUGGCGGAGAGGAGGCGGCUGGGUGGGCGGAGGGCCCGGGUGCCCCUUCCCCUCCCAGGCAGGUGGACACAGCCCGGGGCCGGCUGCCAAAUUCCUCUGGGGCGGUGGGAGGAGAGCUCUGCGCGCCGCUCCUGGAAAGGGCUGAACUUUGCGCUUCCCAAUGAGGCAGCACUCGCCUCCAGACGCGCCUCGGGAGGAGGAAGAGGAAGAAGAGGAGGAGAAGGAGGAGAAGGAGCCUCCUGUGGGGACCUUCCUGGAGCAGAGCCUUGCCUUGGGAGACCGGGGGCUGCAGCAAGAGCAGCAGCAGCAGCAGCAGGAGGAGGAAGAGAGCAGGAACAAAAGGCAGAAGAAGAAGAGUUGCACAGGGCUCUAAAUGAGAAUAUGGCCAAUGGCAUUGAAGACCUUAUUGGGAUCCCAUUCCCAAACCACAGCAGUGAGGUCCUUUGUGGCUUGAAUGAGCAGCGGCACAACGGCCUUCUUUGCGACGUCAUCCUCAUUGUUCAGGACCAAGAGUACAGGACCCACAAAUCUGUCCUGGCGGCCUGCAGCCAAUACUUCAAGAAACUCUUCACUGCCGGCACUUUAGCAGACCAGCCCUGUGUUUACGAGAUAGAUUUUGUGAAGCCUGAAGCACUUUCGGCAAUCCUCGAGUUUGCCUACACCUCCACUCUCACCAUCACCACCGCCAACGUCAAGCACAUCCUCAACGCAGCCAAAAUGCUGGAGAUCCCAUGCGUAAUCAAUGUCUGCUUGGAAAUCAUGGAACCAGUGGGGGACGAGGAGGAGGAAGAGGAGAAGGAAGAGGAAGAGGAGGAAGAGGAGGAGGAGGAAGAGGAGGAAGAGGAAGAGGAUGAAGAAAGGGAAGGGGAAGUAGAGGACUUUGCAGCCCAGAAUCUUACAGAUGCCCAAGAUGGCAGCUGUCACCAAAGUCCAUCUAAAUCUGACCUUGCUGAAGAAGUAUAUUCAGAAAUACAGAAUGGUUUUUCCAGCCACUUCCCAGCUGGAACACCUAAUGGAAGCCUGGGAACCAUAAGAGACUUCUCCAUUGAGUCCCUCCUAAGGGAAAACUUGUAUCCCAAAGCUGGCCUUCCCGAACGGAGGCCAACUCUGUCUCCGUUUGUGCCCGACCUCUUCCCCCAUCUGUGGAAUGGAGAUUUUGGCACCUUCUCCCAAGUUGAGGAGGCCCAGUUGGACAAUGGGCCCUUGGAUCUGGUGAUCAGAAAGAGGAAAAUCAAGGAGGAAGAAAAAGAGGAGCCAUCUCCGCCCACCCCUUUUCCCAACAGCCUCUUCAAGGAUAUGUUUGGCAGCAACCCAGCUAGCCAUUUGGGACACAUUAAGGCCGAAAAUGACUAUAGUGCUUACCUGAAUUUCCUCAGUGCUGCCCAUUUUGGCGGGGUCUUUCCUCGAUGGCCGGAGGAAAGGAAAAUCAAACCCAAAGCUUCCCAGCAGUGCCCCAUCUGCAACAAAAUAAUCAUGGGGGCAGGGAAGCUCCCACGACACAUGAGGACCCACACAGGAGAGAAGCCAUAUAUGUGCAGUAUCUGUGAAGUUCGCUUUACCAGGCAAGACAAGCUGAAGAUCCACAUGCGGAAGCACACUGGAGAAAGGCCCUACCUCUGCAUCCAUUGCAAUGCUAAAUUUGUCCACAACUACGACCUAAAAAACCACAUGCGUAUCCACACAGGCAUCCGUCCUUAUCAGUGCAAGUUCUGCUACAAGAGCUUCACCCGCUCAGACCACCUUCACCGCCACAUCAAGCGCCAGAGUUGCCGGAUCUCCCGGCCCAGGAGGGGACGGAAACCAGCCACAUGGAGAGCGGCGAGCUUACUCUUUGCACCGAAUGGCCAGCCAGAUGACAAAAGCUUCAUGAUGCCUCCAGCUCUAGAAGAGAUGAGCAGCCAUCUCGGCAGCGCAGCGAUGUGCCUUCCCGGACCGAGCCCAAAGCAUUUUCUGGACGGGGCCAAGAAUGCCCUGAAUUUACAGGAGCUGGAGAGCCAGUUUGAGGAAACCCAAAUGAAACUCUUUGGGAGGACGCACCUGGACAUGGAUCCUAAUGGCGGACUCUUUGCCUUUGCACUGGGCCACAACGACAGCCUCUCGGCCCGACCGUUCUUCUCCCUCCCCGAUCCAUGGAGCACGGGGUUCGGUGGACUGACGGGGCUCAGCCACCUUGGCCCCAUUACAGAAGCUACCAACUAAGACACCUUCUGGCCAAUGGAUGGGCUUGGCCCUCUUCAGCGCUGCUCCGGCCCCCUCUUGCGAAGGGAUUCAUCAAGAUUAAGGACUGCCUUUUUUUUUCUUGUUGAAAGACUGUGUUGCAAAUUGAACUGCCCAGCCCUGUUCAGACUUCAGAAAAAGACAUCUCUUCGUUGUAUCCGAUCAAUAUAGAAGAAGGAAAGCAGAACUGUUCCAGCAUACGACUUCUCCCUCUUCUUUUUCUUUCAUUUUUUAAACAUGUACAGAUAACAAUUUCUGACUGUUUUGCAGAUGACCAUUUUCUUCAGGUUGGGAGGUUUGUUUGAGGUUGGAUCGCCUUUGUAAACAAAGCAAACAAACAAACAAAAGUAAUGGUGGGAGGGUUGACCUGCAGUUUGGAGUCCUUGUAAAAUAUCCAAAGAUUCUGAGUACUGUAUAAUCUGCAAGAACUUGAAAAACAAACAAAUGGGGGACCAUUGGGCGGGGUGGGAAUUACGUUUCUUGAUUGUUGGGAUGGGAUUGUGUGUUUGGGAGGGUGGAAACUCCUUUGGAAUUUUUCUAUUUAUAACUAUUUUUAUGUGAUUGCUUUACAUAAAGGAGAAAAGAGAAAAAAUACAGCAUAUAGCAGAUUUGCCUUAGAUAAUCAAGGGACAAUCAUCCUUAACUUUUGUUGAAGUUUUAGGUUUUAUGUGUAUGUGUGUUUUUUUAAAAAUACAAAAGAAAGAUACUUUUAUGUAUUUAUUAAGCAGUAUUAAUUAAUGUUAUUUAAUUAUUGGCAACAUGCAGGUUUUUUGAAAAAAUGCAUGGCUAGAAUCCUGUUGGGCGGACAUAUGGCUUCAUAAGCGGAUUUGCGUCUGGGGGAAUUAAAAUUGCACAGUCCUGUAAUUUCCAUAUCUAGUAGAGAUAUACUGUUACAUUACUAAACCAGCAAAGUGCCCCAUGCGCAUUGGUACCUGAUGUUCCCUGGGACAGAUGUGCCUUGGUCCCAGUGCACAUCAGAUUGGUUCUCAUGCACAUCACAUGGGUCUUGAUGCACAUUGGACACUCUUGCUGGUGGCCCAUGAAACAUCUUCACAUCUCAGUAAAGGGAUUUAUUAAUGCCUCUGCUGCUUAGCUAGCUAAACAUAACGUUAUAUAAUUGUUUUUAUGUGUGUCAGGAGCGACUUGAGAAACUGAAAGUUGCUUCUGAUGUGAAAGAAUUGGCCGUCUGCAAGGAUGUUGCCCAGGGGAUGCUGAGAUAUUUUACCAUCCUGUGGGAGGCUUCUCUCAUGUCCCUGCAUGAGAAGCUAGAGCU